AUGUCCAACCUGUUUGAACAGGCCCGUGAACGUCUCAAUGGGUCCACCCAACUGGUUCCCGAACGUUUGCGGUAUUUGACAAGCCAAACCCCCACCCUCGGCCGUGGAGGUCCGGGCAGCAGCAGCAGCAGCAGCAGCAGCAGCAGCGACAAUGAUGUGAUGAGUCGUACCGGUAGCUACUCGACCUGCGAAACCGAUCGCUCCGAAGCUUCGGGCGCCGUUUCGUCGGGUCCCGGAAGUGGCAGUGGCUCGGACGAGUCCGAAAACUUGCUCACUACGGGAUCCAAGCUCGGUCACGGCCAUCAGAACCACCACCACCACCAUCCUCUUCACUACCAUGUGAAGCGUGGUCAAGCCGAUAGCGCUGCUGCAACCACCAACAAUUCCGCAGCGUUCGUUUUCGGCAAAGGCGGCAGCAGCAGCGGCAACGCCAAGAAAAGCUCCGUUGCUCGUCCCACUGUCAACUCGGAUGCUGUGGCCAAUGGUGCCAGUAUGGGUUCAGAAGCAGCUGAAAAAGCUGUUUCGUCUUUUAAAACGGAACAAAACACUUCCAAUUGA